AUGUCAACGGACAACAAACCCCAUUUAGACCUUAUCGACUAAGAGCACCAAGAGUUAAAAGAGCCCCUUCUAGGCGGUACUUAAGAGAGAGAAUAACAUACUGCAAAAGCUAGUGGAGCAGGUACAAGAACUAAUGGAUAAAGCUUUACAGGUCAAAAAGAAGGUCAAUCUAUGAAUGUGAGUAUUUCAAAAAAGUAGAAAAACUGGAUCUCGUUAGGUCAAACUGCAGAGAUUGAAUUCAUCGAUCAACCUUCAUUAACAUACAAAAAGCAAUCUAUAAUCGGUGACCCAGAUGUAUAGUAGAUACAAUUAGGAGAGAAUUCUCAAUUACUGCAAUCACAUUUAUCUGGCUAUAACCCAUAUACUGGAAAGGGAAAUCAUUCUACAAGCAGAAUUGCCAUCAUAGAUAAACGAUCUAUACACGACCCAAAUCAUGCAAGCAGAAUUACUAUUAUAGAACUUAAUGAACCCAUUCCUCCUCCUUAGACCUGCUGUGAAUUACUAAAAGGUAUUUUGAUAAUGAAAUUUGCAGUUCUAAAUCUGACUAUUAGUGGUAUCUUGAUUAAGGUGCAUUAUGAUUACAAUCCAAAGGUCACUAUUUAUGAUAUGGUAUUCGUAAGAGCAUUCGCUUAACUCUUGAUUUCUUAUUUAAUAGCAUUAAAAGAUAGAGUAAGUCUUACUGAUAUUCCAGAUGACUAAUGGAAGCUAGUUAUAAUCAGGUCUAUUACUGGAACUAUGACUUUUUUCUUGUUUAAUACUGCUGUAAAACUAAUUUCUCUGUCUAAACUUGCCUUUUUAAAUAACACUUCUCCUUUGUUUGCUACAAUCAUUGCCUUCCUAUUCUUAGGAGAAAGCAUGAGCAAGCAUGAAUUGAUAAGUCUUUCAAUCUGUAUUAUUGGUGUAGCUAUUCUAGUUUAACCUUAUGGGGAUAGCGCUUAAGAGUAGGCUGAAAAUACCUUGGGUUCUCUACUAGUUUUGAUAAGUGCUUUCUUAAACGCAGUAAACUUUUGCUUGCUAAGAAUGAUGAAAGGGAUUCAUUAUGCUAUUAGUCCAUUUUAUUAUGGAAUUCUUGGAACUUUCACAAGUUUGACCUUCAUUUUGCACAGUGAGGCUUAAAACUUUAGUUCACCAAGUAGACUUGGCUUCUACGACUAUGUUCUUUUCGGAGCAGUCGGUCUAACUAGUGCUUCUGGCGCAAUGGCUAAGAGCUUAGCUUUCCAUUAUGAGAAAGUCUCAACUCUGAGCUUGCUUAAAUACACUAAUCUGUUCUACUCAUUAGCAGCAGAUGUACUCUACUUUAACAGCCAUAUUUACUUUGGAGAAAUAUUCGGUGCCGCCCUCAUCAUUUGUUCAAGCUUUGUAAUAGCAUUUUUGAAACUCAAUCAAAUCAUCUGA